CAAUGUCCAAACUCGAGGUUUUAUCAGCUGUGUGGAAUACAUUCAAGACGGAGGGCGGGUAAUAUCCACAGCACUUUCGACUUGAGGCUGUUUCUCAUAGGGUACAAAGCUUUUGGGCUCACUCGUAUACUCUUAACAAAUAAACAGCGGCGAGAUCCUCGUAAACGGGCCGCUAGCCUUCACGCGUUACUUUCUGCCGCGGUGUUUUUUGUGUGUUGUAGUCAAGCGCUCGACAUCGCGUGGAUCCAAAUUAACGUUACACAUGAUCCGAUAAGAGUUCGCGACGCGCUCGGUUCUUCACGCGGAUGAGGCGUCGUUGCGUUCUUUCUACGUCUUCACGUAACGAUACAUUUGUGUUGUCGCGAAUUCCAUCCGGUCUGUAAAACAAACUGAAGUGCCGGCGCGUUUAUGUUAACUGUUACUUUGUUGAGGGGGCGAACCGGUCUCGGCUGCUCUCCCUUUGUUUGGGCCCAGGACUCGGCUGAAUCCACUGGAGCUCCGUCUCAAACGUAUUAUUCGACCGCGAACGCUAUUUUAGGAUGGCUCCACAAAAGCACGGAUCUGGUGGGAACGGGUUUUAUGCCAACAGCGGCGCGAGCAAAGCGGCUAAUGGAGGAGCGCACGUAUCGUCCGGUGUUGUGAUGACUUCAGUCAAGCGACCCAAGAUGGAGCAGGUCCAAGCCGACCACGAACUCUUCCUGCAAGCCUUCGAGAAACCAACUCAAAUCUACAGAUUUCUUCGCACAAGGAAUCUUAUAGCACCAAUCUUCCUGCACAGGUCUCUUACCUACAUGUCUCACAGAAACUCAAGAACAAAUUCAAAGAGAAAAUGUUUCCGCGUCAAUAACCUGCUGUUCAAAGUAGAGAAGUCGAAGAUGGAUCUGGAAUCUCACAACGUGGCAUCAAACCUGCAGCUCACUUUUACUGGAUUUUUUCAUAAAACUGAGAAACCAUUGCAGAACUCAGAGAAUGAAGAAAACUCUGUGUCCGUGGAAGUGCUACUCGUCAAGGUCUGCCACAAGAAAAGAAAGGAUGUAAGUUGUCCAGUAAAGCAAGUGCCUACAGGUAAAAAGCAGGUGCCUCUGAACCCAGACAGCAGUCAGACCAAGCUGGGAGCUUUCCCCACACUGAUCGUGCCCAGCCAAGAGUUUGAGCCCAGUAACAGCCACAUGGUGAAGUCCUACUCCCUUUUGUUCAGAGUGUCUCGUCCAGGGGGGAGAGAGCACAACGGCGUGGCCACCAGGGAAACCAAUGUUAUGGAAGAGCUGUCUAACAGAAAGAAGAGAUACUGCUCUAAUCAGGAUGAUGGAGAAACAACAUUUGUGGCGCAAAUGACUGUUUUUGACAAAAAUAGACGCCUCCAGCUUUUGGACGGUGAGUAUGAAGUCUCAAUGCAGGAGAUGGAGGAGAGUCCUGUAGGCAAGAAAAGAGCAACGUGGGAAACCACACUAGAUGGGAAGUGGCUUCCACCCUUCGAGACCUUUUCUCAGGGACCAACGCUGCAGUUCACUUUGCGAUGGACCAAUGACACGGCUGACAGGGGAACGGCGCCAGUGGCCAAACCGCUUGCCACACGCAAUUCUGAGUCCAGCACAGUAGACAGCAGCAAGCCUAGCAAUGUGAAGCCGCCACAGGCAGUAGCUGUUAAUGAAUCAGUUGGUGCUGAUCUACAAGUGAGAAGAGAACAAACUCAUGUCGAACCUCGUCAGAAGCUACGUGUUUAUUAUCAGUUCCUGUAUAACAAUAACACACGGCAGCAGACAGAGGCCAGAGACGACCUGCACUGUCCCUGGUGCACGUUGAACUGCCGAAAACUCUACAGCCUCCUCAAGCACCUCAAACUCUCCCACAGCCGCUUCAUCUUCAACUAUGUGCCUCAUCCUAAAGGAGCCAGGAUAGAUGUAUCGAUUAAUGAAUGCUAUGAUGGAUCUUAUGUGGGCAACCCUCAGGACAUCCACUGCCAGCCUGGCUUUGCCUUCAGUCGCAACGGCCCAGUGAAGAGGACUCCAGUUACACACUUCCUUGUCUGCAGGCCCAAGCGCUCAAAGCCCAGCCUCUCUGAGUUCCUGGAGUCUGAGGAUGGAGAACAGGAGCAGCAGCGGACGUACAUCAGCGGACACAACCGCCUGUACUUCCACAGCGACAGCUGCAUGCCGCUUAGGCCACAGGAAAUGGAUGUGGACAGUGAAGACGAGAGGGACCCGGCAUGGCUCAGGGAGAAGACUGUUAUGCAAAUCGAGGAGUUCACGGAUGUCAAUGAGGGAGAGAAAGAGGUCAUGAAACUGUGGAACCUGCAUGUAAUGAAACAUGGAUUCAUAGCUGACAACCAAAUGAAUCAGGCCUGCAUGUUGUUUGUGGAGCAGCACAGCAGCAUCAUCCUCGAGAAGAAUCUGUGCCGGAACGUUCUGCUCCAUCUGGUCAGCAUGCACGACUUCGGCUUGGUAAAUACCACAACCAUAGACAAGGCCAUGGUUCACCUGAGAGAUCUGAAACAGCAAACGGAUGACCAGCAGCAAUCCAAAACACAAGACAGUGCUGAUGAUGGAUCCAGCGGCGACGGUGAAGCCAGUGUAUCAAAUUAAGUCAAGACCCAGAAUCACAGAAAGCACCUCCUCACACUCUGCGUUGAAUGGAGUGUCAGCGGGCGUCACGUGCCCCCUGGACUUGAGAGCCACCAUAGUCUGCUCGCUCGCUGGGUUAAAGUUGAUGUCGAGUUAGAAGCGGGUUAUGUGCUUCAAACGCCACAUUCUCUGCAGAUCAUGAUUUUUGGGCUGAUAUCAUCAGAGUUCAAAGCAACUCUUUACCUAGAUUCAGAUUACUUGAAGAUGCCAUUAGUCUUUAUGAUGGACUGUAUAAGCAGGUCAGAUUUUUCUCUUCCCACACAGCCCUGUAGCUCUAGAAAAUUUUUAGCACUUGUUUUAGGUGCCUGUUUUUAAAAGGACUAUGAAAAGAUUUUUUUAAUAUAUUUUGAAUAUUGAUGGAUGGAAAUGGCUCCUACAAACUUGCUUUUACUGCAUAUUUUUCACAGGGGUUGAUACCAAUUCUAAAAACGUAAGAAUUUUAGUUUUGAUUGUGUACAGGUUUUUUUUUUUUUUUUUGGAGAGAUUUUCAUGAUUUCAGUUUGUGCCACCAAGGGUUUUUUUUUUUUUUUUUUCUUCCCUCUCUAGAUGUUGUAUGGACCAAAGUUUUAUUGGUCUGUUUUUGGUGGCUUAGUAUCCACUUUAACGCUGCACCACACUUGAAGACUUCAAAUGACUUUUUUUUUUUUUUUUUCUUUUGGAUUGAAGAACGAGCAUCAGUGCUGCAGGCCGUGUGCAUCUACAUUGCAGUGGUUAUCAAGAUUUUCAUAGCCUUAAUUCCACUGACCUUGCAACACAAACGUACAGGUACAGGGUACUACAAUGCAGUGGGGUGGCGAAGCCUUGCAGAAAUGUUUACACUUGCCUUACCCAUGGAAACAUGGAUUCUAAGCAGGGUUUGAACUUUUGGUCUAAAUCAGUGCGAACAGGUUUCUUUUUUUCUUUUUUUCUUCUUCUUCUUCUUCAAAGACGCUUUACUGCACAUAAUACUGUGUCCAGUUCCAUACAUUAGUUUUAUCAGUUUCUCAUUUCCACUAGUCCUUCAUGGUGCCCAUUUGUUUGAUUUUUCAGGUGUUUGAGGAAACCUGUUGUAACGUGUACAUAAGUUUAGUGAUUAUGACAUGAUGGCUUUGCUGAAGGGGACUGCAUUCCAGAAGGAAUAUAAUUUUAGACCAAAGUAAAAUUGCUAUAAUGCUUGUUUAGUUGAUUUCGAAUCAGAAAUGUAAGUCUUCAUAGUUUUUUUUUUGUUGUUGUUGUUGUUGUAUGCAUAUGUUCUAAAAGAAAGGGAUCUGUUUGUGAAUCAUUACUGCUUUGUUUUAACUGUGCACUGGGUUAAAAAUAUUUUUGGUCGAUAUUGGAGAUCGAUCACUGAACUGGCUGAAGCCGUUGCGUAAUUGCAAUUUGCGUAACGCUCAAUACAGCAAUGAUUACACAAGAUGUGGAUUACUGAUAUAAAGUAAUGUCAAAAAAGAUAUUUAUAUCUUGAAUAUGAACGUUCAUAAACCUGCUUGAGUUUCUGAAUUAUGCUGAAACAUGCUUGAGGUUGCUCUUUAUUUAAAAUAAAGAUUUGUUUUGUUUUGCAAUCGA